GACGGGAGUGAAGAAAGUGAAGAGGAAGCUGCGAGGGAAUAUUUGUUGCUUUUCCCCAUCAUAGUGGUUGUUCCACAGGAUUUGAAUUGUGGUCCCCUAUAGGCCUUGUCCAUCGCUCAAACAAUCACACCAUGUUGAGUUGUAAAACUGGAGUCUUCUUUCCAUGACCAAAGAUGGCAUCUUAUUUAGCACGAGAAGUUCAGCUUGCUAAAAAACAUGAUGAAAUCCUGUCUCAGAGAUUGGUGUUGCUUCAGCAGAUGGAGAGUCAUCGAGGAGACAAAGAAGCUGAAAAGACAUGGCAAACGCAAGAAGCUGAUGCAGCUCAUAAAAGAAAUGUAGUACUUUUAGCUGAUAUUGAAGCAGCAGAGAAGAAGCUACACUCACGAGAACACUUACUUCUCCACCCUGAUAUUGUUAAUCUUGAGUCAAUGGCAUGGGUCUAA